AGUUUGUUAGCCAUUUGAUUCUUCACAAGUUGCCUGCCAUUGUUAGGGAUGAAUUCAUUAUUAGAUUAGACACUAACUACCCUAGCUUAGAUCAGAUUUUUGACAACUACGUAGAGAUCAUUAGAAUGCUCAACUUGCGUAAGGAUACUUCAGCUAUGAAGCCCGCUGAACCCAAAGACAAAGUCUCUGAUGCAAAACCUGUCCGUACGUUGUCUGACGAAAGGUCAGUUCUUGUGAAUUCGGCAGCAGGUGUUUCAAGCAAGUCUUGUGAGUUCUGUGGCGCAGCCAAUCAUUCCAUGUUGAAGUGUUCAAAGUAUCCUAGUCCAGCCAGCAGAAUUUCUAGAUGUAAAGAGUUAGGGUUGUGUUUUUUGUGUUCAAGUUCCAAGCACAUGAAGCCUUCUUGUCCAUCUAACCUAGAUUAUCCGUGUAGUUUUUGCAGCAAGAAAACCCACAUUUCAGCCUUGUGUCCUAAAUUUAAAUGUAAUUCUGAGAACUCAAAAGAAACUCCUUCCAGUAACGUAAACUGGUGCUUGAAUUCCUCUCAGCAGGGGAGGAGCUCUCAUCUUUUGCCUACCAUUACUUUGACCGUGUCCCGUGGCUACAAGAAAACUAAGGUUAGAUUUCUGAUUGACACUUGUAGUCAGAAGUCGUACGUCACUAACCGGGUGUUAGAUAAGCUAGGUGUACCACAGGAUAGGACUAAAAAGGACUUUGUUAUUAAUACUUUUCUUCAGAGUGGGGUUAGACAGUUCUCAGAAAUUAGUUUGCUCUUUGAUUUAGAAGAAGCUGGAGGUCGCGUUCAGCUACCUAUUCUUGUCAGUGAUGAGUUCAGGUUGACCUUUGCCAUGAGGGGCUUAGGAUUAGUUACCGAGAACAUUUCUCGGAUUGCACCUCUGGCUGACAGCUCCUUCACCAACUGUAGUGACACAGUAGAACUGGAGGGCUUAAUAGGAAUAGAUGUUUUGCAGUUCUUGAAAGAUUUCCAUGUAGUUCUGUGCUUAAGAGGCAGUGUAUUUUCAUUAGCAGGUAAACUUAUUCCCUUUGGUGAUGUUGAGAAUUUCUUAACUUCAAGUCAGAUUACUUCACUUAGCAAGGUUUCGAGUGCAGUGUCAGAUCAUUCAGUAUCCUCUUCAUUGGUCAAUUUUGUUCUGGAUCCCGUCUGCACAUGCAGAGAUCCUAUUGCUAGCAUUGCCAAAGACAGUGAAAUUGAGGGCCACUUGGACAAUCUGUUCAAGUUGGAUUCUAUUGGAAUUAAGGAGACUAACAAUGAAAUUGCCAAUUCUGACGCUUCUCACCUUGACAAUUUUGAGAAGUCUUUGGUUCUAGAAGAUGGUAAAUAUUUUGUUGAAAUACCUUGGUGGUCUGACAAAAUUGCAGAUGUAAAACCUAACUUUGAAGUUGCUAAGGCUGUACUUGGGAGAGUGAUAGAGCGGCUCGACAAGACCGGUAUGCGCGACGCCUACGGUAGUUCGCUCACAAGUUAA